UGGUGGGUUUGUGAAACCGAGCCCAGUUGGAAAACACAACCACAUCCGCAGUGUGAUCUUGGCAGAGGUGUUGCGAUAGCGCAGAUAAUCACCGACGUUCUAGGGGACUUUGUUCUCAUCUUAGCUCCCUUUUGUCUCAUUUACAAGGUCAGAUUGUCAACGGGGCAAAAAGUCCGGGUACUGUCUGUCUUUUCUGCAUCAGCGAUCACCACGAUUGUUAGUCUCACCCAUGCAUAUUAUAUCUUCUCUGGUGGAGGGACAAAGGAGGUUAUGGCUGCUAUAGUUGAGGCUUCUAUGUCUCUAAUCGUUGCGAACUUGAGCGUCGUCGUCGCCUUCUUCUUCCAUUUAAAGGCAGAAGAAGAUUCACCAUCCACUCCGACACCCAUCAUAACUUUUGGAUCACAACCCAGGAAGCGCGUUCGCGACCCUCUUGCUACGGCUUUGACGGGUGUUGAAAGUACUCCGAUUGUACUGGAGGAUCUAUCUGAGUCUCGUCCCCGUUCUCUGAAGACAGGCGAUGACGACGAAAUUUCUUUUAGCAAUAGGGAUGGAAAGCAGACGAAUGAAUGGUGUUAGGGCACAACGACGUUAAUUCAUCCCCGACUCCCACGUCAGUGGAGGAGGGUCUUUGUCGAAUGGAUCCAUCUAAUUUCCUCUAUUUAGGGUCGAUAAAUUUAUGCCUCAGCUCUGCGAAUGGAUAACGUUUAAUUUCCUCUA